UCAUGGAUUUUGGUUAUGUGUUUGUUUACAAAUACGAAUAUUAUGUAUUUAAAAUUUAAACAAUAAAUGUUUAUGUGGAAUGAUCAUAAGUUAAAAAAAUGGUACUUUACACUAUCUUUUAAUGCUGACGCAUCCUCCGCAAAGUAGUCAUGAAGCGAUAUUAUGCUGCUGCUGCAGGCAUUUUUGCAGCUAGUGGGGGAGCUUUUGCCAAAUUAUCAGGACAUGAAAUGUUAAUGGACCUGUUUCUGGCUAGAGUGUUACUAAUUGGAAUAAUGCUAUUGUGCAACUCUGCAUCAAUGACCCUGUUUGUGAAGUCCUUACACCAAACAACAUCAUCAAUGGUACCGACUGUGAUUAGUUCCACUUUCAAUUUUGUUUCAUCGGCUUUUCUUGGAUUUCUGCUAGUAGGCGAAAAAACAUCCAUAUUGUGGUGGGUUGGGAUGGUUUUAAACAUUACGGGCUUGUGGUUGGUGGCAUCUGAAAAUGUAGAAAAUAAUAAUAAAGCUAAAUUAAAAUAGCGUAGUGUUUAAUAAUAUAAUUUUUAUUAUUGUAUCUUUAUUUAUUCUUCAUUUGUUAUUAAGUAUUGAAAAAACAAACAAAAAUACACCUUUAAAAAGAAAA